UAUAAACCCACCAUACAUCCUCACAACAAAAAUACCCGUCGAAGCCAUUUUAGAUAUCACUCAUUCUCUCAAAGUAGUCCUCUUUUCUUUUUCUUUCUUUUUUCCCCAAGAAACUAACAGAAAAUGCCGAGAGAAGGCACAGCAAAAUGCAUAGAUAUCCUUCUGGCAAUCAUCUUGCCUCCUCUCGGUGUCUUCCUCAAGUUUGGCUGCAAGGUUGAAUUCUGGAUCUGUCUGUUGCUGACUCUGCUUGGUUACAUCCCUGGGAUUAUCUACGCUGUCUAUAUUAUUCUCAAGUGAUAUAUAUGACUUCUAAUUUCUGUGGACAGAUGUGAAGGGCAUUUAGGUCUUUUCGUGUGUUUUGUUGGAGUCCUUUUCAACCGCUUGAUGAACAGUAUUUGAUUAUGUGUAGCAGACUUAUGUUUGAAUAUUAUUCCUUCAGUGUGUCAAAUCAUUACUUUUUUUUGUUUUUUUUUUCUUUUUUCAAAUUUCUUAAGUUUUUAAUAAUAUUCCUUUUUAUUUAUUUGAUGUAAA